AUGCCUAGAAAGCGGCGGAUUUCUGUGAUGCAGCAGAAAAAGUACCACUACCAGAGGGCCCGAGACGAACAAUCCUAUGUACAGUUGGAACACAAUUAUGUCCGAAGUCACAGUGAUGCUCCCGAAACGGAAGGAGACAGAUCCCCUCGCUCAGACUGUGAAUUUGAUGGUGAAGACUCAAGUGCAGAGGAAAUGGACAUAGACAAUUUGGAUUUGAAUGCAGGCAUUCUUGUGGGAGAAAGUGUUGAAGUUGAGACAGAGGAAGUGACAGAUCCAUUUGAAAUUUUACGAUAUGAGUUGACUGAAAACGUGCCUUCCCCGUAUAUUAUGGACUUCAAUGAAAAGCAACACAGUAUUGAAAUUCUCCAGCUCUACAGACGGGAACACAACACAGCCGUGAAGUUAUCUCUUGUGAUCGGAAAAGACUGCCAUGUUCAGCUGUAUGUUCAUCGGACAUUAGUUCCUGAAACCCAUGAUUUUUGGAGUGAGCUUUCAACACACGUCCAAAGUGCAAGUGAUGUUUUCAAGAUACUGGAAAAGCUUUUAGAGUAUGGAGUGUGCAUUGGAAACCCAGAUCCAGAAUUUCAGGAAUUGACACCAGUUGGGUGUGGAAUCUCGAGUGCCUCAUCACCAGAAAUUUUAGCCUACCGUGAAGGUGACUUUUGUGCUGUCCAAGGGAAUCUGUCUUAUUCAUCUACCAUCAGAUCUUCCCAGUAUGCUAUGCUUGUUCUUGGUGCUAGAUGUCCUCAGUGUUCAAGUUAUCGUCGACAGUUGAAGGCACGGGAAAUCCGACAGGAAGAAAAACAGGAAAAGACAUUAUCUUUGAGCAGCACAUAUAAACAUAAGGACAUGAACAGGGAUAUGCUGUUAAAGAAGUUAGAGCAACAAAAGGAACAAAUCAAGUCCAUACAGCACACGAUUGAUAAGAUGAGAAGAGACUGUGAUAAGGAGAUCAUAAGAAAUGGCAUUUCUAUGAAUUCCAUCCAAAAUCAGGAGGUAGAAGAUUUGAUGGCUACCUGUGAGGAAGAGAUGGUGGCAGCCUAUCCCGACUGCAAUUCAUUUCAACGCCUCUUUUGGGAACAACAGAAAAAGGCUAUCAAACAUGGAACAAAUGGUAUGCGUUGGCAUCCGACAAUUAUAAGAUGGUGUCUCUACCUCAGGCAGAAGUCAUCAAAAGCUUAUGAUGCUCUUCGAGACUCAGGAUUCAUCACACUGCCAAGUUCAAGGACUCUCUUUGAUUACACUCAUUAUCUGACCAGUGCCCUUGGGUUCCAGCCAGAUGUUGUCAAGUUAUUACGCGAGGAGUGUGAAAAAAGAGAGAUGUUCCAGGAGGAAUGGAAGAGCUACACCGGCAUUUUGUUUGAUGAGAUAAAGAUCAAGGAAGAUUUAGUGUACGACAAGCACUCAGGAGAAAUCAAAGGCUAUGUGAAGCUAGGGGACAUAGGAGAUCAACUCUGUGCGUUAUUUAGAGAGAAAUGUUAG